AUGUGCAUCAGGCUGAGCUCGCUCAUUCUACUUCUCAUUAUGGUGCUGCUGUGUGUUUGCGCAGAGACUGAUGCCAAAAAGUGGCGUGCACAUUUUAACAAGAACAAAAAUUCGCCCAAAAUUUCCGCCACUUUUCGUACAGUGCCCCCCAAACGCAAAGCAAUGCCAAAACAUCAUGUCGCACCGCACAAGCGAAACCCGAAAAUGAACUACUAUCAUACCCUGCCUUCAAGUUGGCCAACUCAUUUUGCCGACCCAUUGCCACCUACCUACUACUUAGGCUCAAGCUAUCCACGCUGGCGCUCGUAUCUCACAUCCCCAACGAGAACAACAAACACACUGAGAAAAAUGGAUCUAGUGCCACCAUUUUUGCCCCUUUCAUUCGGAGCACAUCAAACGCCAAUGCAUCGCGCCGACGAAUUCGAUUCCAGUAGCAGCACUUUGCCAACCACAUCUUUGGUUGAUAUGAGCGCCUUCAAUGCUGCCUUUGCCGAUGGUCUAUUUGACACAGAGUUGACGCAUUCGUCUGCAAGCUCUGAGUUUCUACAACCGGAAAUAUCGUUAGGUGGAUGGAAGCCAGUCGAUUACAAAUCAUUUAUGGCCGAUGCCGAUUUCAGUCUCUUGAACGAUCAGAUGGGUCUGAGCCGUCGGCUGGAUAUGGAUGGGCUUAUGUACAACAAUCCAUUUGAAGCACAUUUUAUUUGA